CGCGAAUGAACGGCUUUCCCGGCGGCCGCGGCAGCGUCCCCCCUCGGGGACUCGGCCGUGCGGGAGCGGCGCGCCGUGGCCACGGGAGCGAGAGGCCGGGCUCUGAAGCUGAGAGCCGGUUCCGCUUGCUGGGAGUUUUAGGUCAUCUCGGCGGGAGAAUCAUGAAGUCACACUGCGUUGCUGCGCUGAUGUUGGCAGGGCUGAUGUUCCUCCUGUGGCUGCCAGGAUCCCUGAGCUGCAACAAAGCCCUGUGUGCCAGCGACGUGAGCAAGUGCCUCAUCCAGGAACUGUGCCAGUGCCGGCCCGGUGAGGGGAACUGCUCGUGCUGCAAGGAGUGCAUGCUGUGUCUGGGCGCCCUCUGGGAUGAGUGCUGCGACUGUGUCGGGAUGUGCAACCCCCGGAACUACAGUGACACCCCGCCCACCUCCAAGAGCACGGUGGAGGAGCUGCACGAGCCUAUCCCAUCCCUCUUCCGGGCGCUCACUGAGGGGGAUACACAGCUCAACUGGAACAUUGUGUCCUUCCCUGUGGCCGAGGAACUGUCACACCAUGAGAACCUGGUUUCUUUCCUGGAGACAGUGAACCAGCCCCACCACCAGAACGUGUCUGUCCCCAGCAACAAUGUCCACACGCCCUACUCCAGUGACAAAGAGCACCUGUGCACGGUGGUGUACUUCGAUGACUGCAUGUCCAUCCACCAGUGUAAGAUCUCCUGUGAGUCCAUGGGCGCCUCCAAGUACCGCUGGUUCCACAACGCCUGCUGCGAGUGCAUCGGCCCCGAGUGUGUGGACUACGGCAGCAAGACCGUCAAGUGCAUGAACUGCAUGUUCUAGGGCGAUCCAGCCAUGGGCGGGACGUGGCGUGGAGGCCUUCACCAACCACAGCCCCCGUGCACUGUUGCAGUUUGGCUACAGCUUCAGCUUCUGAAAGUCUGCAGCUCCACCUCGAAGCAGUGAGAUAUUCCACAGGGGAACCUUGCUUGUUCCCUGGAGGGCCGGUUCUUGUCCUUUGCUAGAGAAACUCCCAGCUGCUUGGAUCAAACUCUUGACAGCUUUGGCAGUCGACUCUCCUUUGUUGUAAUUAGACCCACACGUGGACGCCCUGGGGGUGGUAAUUACCACCACCCGACUUUAUAAGCCUGUCUGUGCUGAAAGCUUUCAAUAGCCGCUCUGAGGAGAUCCUUUGAUGGCAAACUUCAAAGCCCUGCUUUGGUGAAGGCUUUUUUUCUUUCUUGUUUCAACUCCAGUAAAAAGAUGGGACAGACACCCAGUUCCUUCCCGAGAGCAGUGGAAACAGGGCAAAGGCAGAGCAGAGUCUAACUGGACUGAACGAGACGCAUUGCACAGGCACAGACUCUCAGUAGGGCAAAGAGUCCAUGCCGGGCACAGGGGAACAGGAAAGAAGGAGGGAAAAGAGAGAGAGGAAGUGGGCUGGGGGUUUAGCUCAGCAACAUAAGUACCUGCCUUGCAAGCAGGCAGUCGUGAGUUUGAUCCCCGGUACCGCUAAAAAUGAAAAAAAAGACCAAAGAAAGAGAGAGAGAGGAAGUCUGUGGCCUAAGAUAGUUUGAAAAAAUGACUGAUCGAAGCUACUACCUGCCUGCUUCUGCAGGGCCAGGAGCUAAUAUGAAUAUUUUUGGUUCAGUCACGAGAGACCUAUCAGACAGCCCAGUGUCUUACACAGCUGGAACCCAGGCAGAAAUGCACCCUAAUGCCCCACUGUCAGCCUCUGCCAAGUCGCCUCCGAUCCAGCCAGAACAGACAGAGCUUAGUGAUAGACACACACUGACCAAGGGUACCUAGCAAGGGCACAGUGCAGGCUGAGCCCCACGUCUCCUCUGACUUUGGAGCCCCCUUCACCGCCCAGUCCCCAGUGCAAGGUGAAAAUCACGUCACCUAGUGUUCCUUCCUUGUCGAUGUCAGUGAUUGUGAAAAGGAUCACAAGCGUAGAUCACGCAUACAUACAAACUGCAUACAGUGGUACCGGCUAUGAAGGAGUCAGUGUGACCUGGGAGUUUUAUAGAUAAAGGGUUAAAUCCAGACAGGUGGCUCCAGAUCCAUGGAUGUGAUGUCAAGAUUCAUUUAAUAAAAAAAAUACAUAUUCAAGUUAGAUGUACAAUUCUUCACAUAGUCAUUCCAUACAUAGUAGAUGAUUUUAUUCUAAGCAGGGGCAGAAGACGUAGAGAGUCAUGAGGCAUAGUGCCCAACGACAUAAACUGAGGGGCAUCUUUUGCACCCGAAGGAGACAGUGUGUCAGAAUAUGAACUCAGCGCAUGGAAAGAAGAGACACUGAGAGCCAGGAAGAGAGUCUUGGAGUUGCUUAGGCCUUAGUGUCAGCUGGAGUUAAGAUUCCUGACCAUGUACAGUGGGAUAGUCUCCUUUUCUUGAGUUUGAACUGGAUUUCUAUCACUUCCUACUGAAGAAGUCUAAUAAUGUCUGCAGUACCUAUUUCAUGGCCGAGUUUAACAAUCAUCAGAGAGAGACUGGCGAGGACUUACCUUCCUGUGCUCACUUACAUGGUUCCAGACACCUACCCUGCAAGACAGCUGCUCCUUGAAAGCUUCCAAUUCACAAUUUAUAGAUUCUUGAAGGAUUUAAAACCACCAAGAAGCCAAGGAGAGCCGAGAGUUCUUGUUUCAGGUCACAACUACAUGGUUUAAAUUGCCUGAAGUCUUUCAGGGUCGAUUUCUCUGGUCCUUGAACCUGCAACUUGGUGGGUGACUUGGUUUGCCGGGUGAAAUGUUCAUCAGUGACUCACAAACAGGGAUUUAAAAUGCGCACCAGAACAGAGAACAUGGGCAAGACUCCGGAGGACAGGCGGCUGCAGAGACCAUCAAUCUUCCCUGCUAAGUCCACCAACUGCCAUGCAUGAGUGGCCCAGGCACAAUCAGCAGUGCAGAGGUUCAAAGCCACAUAGUCACAAAAAGCAAAAAGGUGAUGGUCACAAAAAGCAAAGAGAGGCUCACACAGCUUUGUGUCUGGCUUCUAAACGCCUUUCUCUUGUGUGCAUAUUUUUUUAAAAGGAAAUUUCAAUUACGGAGCAGUGCUUUGACUCAGAGGACUGUGGGGAUCAGAGUUCUGGUGAUGGUCCUGAGGAAGUGGGCAAGUGGCUUUCUGGAGUCUUUACACUCAGCUCUUCCAGGGAUCGAGGUGCCUUUAUGUUAGGCAAACAUUUGAUUGCUCACGAGGGUGUUUAAUUUCCAUUCAUUUGCAUAGUUUUUAUGCUUUUUCUUACCAUUGAUUUCUAGCUUCAUUGCACUAUGAUCUGAUGAUUUACCUGGGAUAAUUUUGAUUCUUUGGCAUUUAUGCAAGCAUGCUUUAUGAGUUACUAUGUCAUCUGUUUUGGAGAAAGUCAUGUGUGCUGUUGAGCACAAUGUAUUUCGUUGUUGAUGGAACACUGUAGAUAUCAAGCAUUUCCAUUUGUUUAAAGGUUUAGUUCAACUCUGAAUUUUUUUGUUGAUUUUUUUCUAGUUUGCCUGUCCAUUUGUGACAAUGGGGUAUUGAGGUCCCCUGUUACAAUUGUAUUGCUGUUUGUAUGAUUUUUAACAUACCGUGAUAUUUACUUUAUGAAGUUGAGUAUGCCAGUAUUUUUUUUUUUUUUGUCUUUUUCGUUUUUAUCGGUACCAGGGAUCGAACUCACGACUGCCUGCUUGCCAGGCAGGUGCUUAUGCCGCUGAGCUAAAUCCCCAGGCCCCAGUAUGCCAGUAUUUGGUGCCUAUGUGUUUAUAAUUUCUCUUACUGUUGAAUUAUUCUCUUAAAUAAUAUGUAAUGACCUUCUUUGUCUCUUCUCAAGAGUUUUGGCUUCAAAUCUACUUUGUCUAAAAGUAGCAUAGCUACUCUUACGUUUCUCAGGUUCCUAUUGCAUGGAAUAUUGUUUUUUUAUCCUUUGAUGUUUUUAAUCUGUGGAUUUUUUGUUAAGUUUCCCGCAAGCUUGAACUACUGGUGGAAUGUACCUGACUGUUCCACCAGUUGGCUUAUACCACUGGUGGGACAAACUGAUCUAAUCACUUUUACUGUCUUUAUACUAGUAGAAUUAUUAGAAAUUCAUCUAGUGGGACAGUCACGCAUACACCACUGGUGGGUCAAGUGGCCUGGCAUGAGACGCGUGAAUUGUGGCCCCAUCAUAAACAUGUGAAGUGUGUUUCUUAUAUACUUCAUAUUGUUGGGUUUUAUUUUUGAUCCAUUCUGCCAAUCUCAGUCUUCUGAUUGGGGAAUUGAGGCCAUUCACGUCAAAAGCUAUUCCUGGAAGGUAACUGACUUACUGCUGCCAUGGCAUUGUUUUCCUAUGCUGAUUUCCUUGCUUUUCCCUUUUGCUUAGCUGCUCAUCCCGCCACACGUAUUCAUUCUUUUUUACUAUUGGCAUUGUUGGAUUUAUAGUCUCUUAAAAGUGGGCAGGUGGGGCCUUUGUAUCAGAGGGCUCAGGGAGAACCCCAGCAACAGAAGCCCAGUCCCAGCACCCACACCCAGAGGCCAAGAUCAGCCCCAUGCCCAGCACAAACCUCAGUGGAGAUUUGGCUACAGUACACAGCACAUUUCUGGAAUCUGACUUUGACCUGCUGUGGAACUAUAGACAUAGACACUAGAGGAAUUUUACUACUUUUAUUUUUCUCUGUGUGUUAGAUUGGUUUUCCUUUUUCUGUCCAGUGGAGUUUUUGUUUUGUCUUAUUUUGGUUUUUGUGGUUAUUUUUAUUUUUUUCUUUUCUCUUUUUUUCUUUUUUUCAGAAUUUAGGUUUUUUUUUUCUUUUUCUUUUUUUUUGAGACGGGGUCUUGCUAUGCAGUUCAGGCUGGCCUUGAGCUCACUUUGUAGCCCAGGCUGGGCUCGAACUCGCAACGAUCCUCCCGCCUCAGCCUCCCGAGUGCUGGGAUUACAGGCAUGAACCACCACGCCUGGCUCUAAAAUUUAGGUUUCUUACCUUUCAUGUUGCUCUCUUCCUGUUACCUUCUUUCUCUCUUUCCCCAACUAUCUCACUUGAUUUUAUGUUACUUUUAUGUAGGCAAACAUUGUCACUUCUCUUUCUGGUUUACUUCAGUAUUCCUUCGUUUCUCUUUCCCUCCUGCAUCCUCCAGUUUCCCAAAACAUGGGGGGAUCUCUCUUUACCCUCCAACUUUGCUCCUACUAUAUCUGACCUCAUUCAUUUCUCUAUCUUGUCCUCUAUCCCUCUUAAACUUCGCCUCAACAACUGGGUAAAAUCACCCCACUAAGGGAAAAAUUAUUGCAUACAGGUUCCUGGUAUAUGUUGGAUUUUGUUAUAGAAUGCAGAAUUUGUGCCUAUGGUUAAAGGUAUCAGGUUAACAGUUACCACAGUUUAUUAGUAGCCAAGCAGGCUUGAGACUGUUCAUACUGCUAACUGUACUACUUUAGCCAGGAAAUUAUACCUGUUAUAACCAGUUUUACUCCUCUGUAUGACAAAACCAUGAUUGAGUGGGAUCAUAACCAUAAUUGUAAGUCAAGUACCAAAGGACUGGGUACUGAGCCAAAUAGAUAGCAGCUUCUCAUCCCUAAUACAUUGGGAAAGGAGGUUCUUGAGAUAGACACAAAGAUCAAGAACUAUCUACAUCUAGAAGACAUCCCUGAGGAACAGACAUUUCCUAGGAAGUCUCUAUUCUAGGGAUACAGCUGCCUACCUUAAGAAAUCUACAGGUGGGGUUAGGGAUUUAGCUCAGCGGCAUAAGUGAGUUCGAUCCCGGAUACCGAUAAAAAGGAAAAAGACCAAAAAAAAAAAAAAAAAAAAAAAAAAAAGACAAAAGAAAUCUAUAGGCAUCAGCAGAAAAUGAAUCAAUAGAAAAUGAUGAGAUGCAGAGCAAAAUGAACCCUGGCCCCCGGCCAAACAGGACAAGCUCAGAGCACAGUGAGACAGAAACAACUGGAAACGAACCACUGGAACUUUCUGGAAUGAUGGCAACAGAAGUGAAAAUACAAACAGAAGAGGCUACAGAAAAAAAUAAUCUCUGACUUGCAAAAAGAAAUGAUCAAAAAUAAAGAGAUUAAAGCAUACACAGAUUUACAAAAAAACAGAGGAGCUCAGGAAAACAAUAGAAACUAUGAACUCGCAACACAGGAAAGAAGUGGAAUCCAUGAAACAGACCCAAACAAAAACCCAGAAGAUUAAAAAGUACAUUGAAAGUAUGUGCAACAGAUUGAAUUAAGGCAAGAAUAGAAUAUCAGGUCUAGAAGGCAGGGUUGUGGCUAGUGACCAUUAAAAGAAAGAUAUCUUUUUUUUGUUUUUUUUUUGGUCUUUUUCCCUUUUAUCAGUACCAGGGAUUGAACUUUGAACUCACGACUGCCUGCUUGCAAGGCAGGCGCUUAUGCCACUGAGCUAAAUCCCAGCCCCAAGAAAGAUAUCUUAAAAAAGCAAGAGGACCAGGAACAUAGCUCAAUGGCACAGUGCCUGCCUGGCAAGCACGAGGUCUUGAGUUCAAUUCCAGUAUAUAAAAAAAAAGGCAAGAAACCAUGACAAAUCCAACAGCUACAAUAUGAAGCAAAGAAGAACAACAUAAGAUUAACUGGAGUCAGUGAGAAAGCUGGAGAGAGCACAAAAGUCAUAAAAAAAAAAAAACUUCACAGAGAUAAUUGCAGAAAACUUUCCAAACAGGGACAAAAAAUUUGACAUACAAAUAAAUGAAGUAUAUAAAAUACAUAAAUGAAGGAUAUAGAACUCCAAAUAGCCAUGACUAAAAAGUUUGUAUGUGUGAUGUACUUCUGGUGCUUUGGGUGUAAUGUGGUUCAGAAAUGUUUUAGUUGGUCAUAGCUAUUUGUGUUACUAUAUGCCUCACUUAUCUGUAUGUUCUUUUCUUACAUUUAGGUAGUUUUCUGCCAUUUAUUUCUGUGAAUAGUUUUUUAUGCCAUCUGUGCUGAUUUGUCUUGUUUGCAUCAUCUAGCAGUUGGUGGGUCCAUUAUCUAUACUCUCUUGUUGCUUUUAAGGUGUCUUGGAGUUGGUCUUUGAAGUAUCUUUGUCUUCUGGGUCUGAAAUUCUGUCCUCAUAUUGGUUGCUUUUCCUGCUCAUACAUUCAGUAUAAUUGUUUUUUUUUUUUUUGUCUUUUUCAUUUUUUUAUUGGUACCAGGGAUCAAACUCACGACUGCCUGCUUGCAAGGCAGGCGUUUAUGCUGCUGAGCUAAAUCCCCAGCCCCCAGUAUAAUUUUUAAUCUCCUGGUUUUCUGACUAAAACCUUUUCAAGGACUCCAGUUCUUUGCUAACCUGGUCAUGUUUUGUACCAUUUUGUUAGGUCUUCCAGCUUUUUAUUAAUGUCUUCUGAAAUUUUCCAGAUUCUUUUGGUUAUUACUUCCACUGUCUGUUUAGUUAUAUAUAUAUAUAUAUAUAUAUAUAUAUAUAUAUACAUACAUAUAUAUAUAUACUUUAAUCAUUGUCUAAUCUGUUACCCUUUGAAGUAAACUGAGUGGCUGGUUUAUGUGCUCUUCUCAAUACCCCUGGAUUGGCUUUGGGGGAGUUGGUAGAUUUGGGAGGCGUGGUGUUAUCUUGUUUUCUCAUGUUUCCAUUGUUUUUGUUUGUUGGCUUUGUGCUGAAGUUUGUGGACACUUAUGACUUUGUUCACAGUACAGAGAGUUCUUUGGCUACUUGCUUUUCAGUGAUGUACUUUGGGUAUUGCUAAUUAUAGUGUUUGUCUCAGCCCCAAGAGCCAACCACCUUGGUUAGUUUGGGAGGGGAGGGUGCAAUGUAAUUGGCCCAACACUGAAUUCUCUGGGAAUGUCUUCUAGUACUGUGAAUGUCAUAAAUGUAACCUGAGUGUUGGAUUAUAGAGAAUACCCAUUACUAGCAACAAUUAUGUGACCCUGGUAAUAUCAAGCAAAA